AUGAAAUAUUCCCUAGAUCAAGCGGAGGCUUACUUGUGGCAUGAAUAUCUUUCUUUACCGUAUACUAUCACUGUAAAUAAACUAGGUAUACGAAAUAUCACUAAAGAGGCUACAACUGUGAGCAUUGGUGAAAAUUUUGGUGGAAUAGUUUUACUUAAAUCUAAGGGCUUAUAUAUUCUAUAUCACUCAUCAUGGACUCUAUCUAAGUUGGGAAAGAGAUUGAAUUUACAGUCAUUUUCCAGAUUUCAUCUCAUAACCAACUCAAAUGAGGCAUGUGCUGGUCUACAUAAACUUGAUGAAGAAGAACUAUAA